AUGGGAGGCUUAAUUUCACGAUUUCGAUCAAAGGAAGACGAUAACUAUGAAAAAAUAUUGUCUGAGCUCGAUAAUAGUAUUCGGCUGGCCGAGGUGCGUCUUGCCGAAAUAAAAAUUCGAGAAAGACGUGCCAUGAUUAUUUGGCUUGUAAAUUCUACAUUGAUUUAUAUUAUCUAUGUGAUUGGAUAUCUGUAUUUCGCGGGGCAGACACCAGAAAGUGAUAAUUGGGAUGUAUGGGCGAUUAAAGUGGCACCUGUUUUCACCGUGCCGGCGCUCAUCUUGAUUGUAAAGAAUUUGAUGGCAAUAUGGUAUAAGCGUAAUGAAACAAAUGAAGAAUCACAACUGCGACAUCUUAGAGCAAAACAAAAAUUAAAAGUCGAAGAAUUGAAAAAGAAAACUGGUUAUUAUACGACAAAGACACUCCUUGAAAGAUAUGAUUCACCCAAAAGUCCGCAAGGACCACCACCUUCACUCACCUCUGGAUCAAAAACACCGACUCUUCGACCAGGACAGACACCAUCUAACCAAAAUCUUCGACAACGUCCUGCUCAUUCACAAUCUACUCCAAUACCAUCAAAUAACACCGCCAAUGGAUUAAACGGUGAUAUGCCAAAAGCAUCGAUCCUUGAAGGUGGUGAUAUUCCGUCUGGAUCAUCCAUUCAACAUGCAUCUCCUCUACAACGACGCUGGUAUGAUAAACUCGUGGACGUAAUUGUCGGUGAUGAAGGCCCUGACACAAGAUACGCAUUGAUCUGUGAGAAUUGUCAUGUUCAUAAUGGCUUGGUUUUACCACAGGAAAUUGAUGAUCUUCAGUAUCUAUGUCCAAAAUGUAAUCAUUUCAAUCCUUCUCGACGCAGUAGACGUGAAGGUACUAUCGGAAAUAAUGGUUUGUUAUUGUCUAGUAAAUCAGUAUUAAAAACUGACAAAGAUUCAACAAAAAUCUCGGACACAAUUACCCCAAGGCGAGGCAGAUCAACAACUCCACGUCCAACAAGUCGAGAGUCAUCGUCAGAUCCUGAACAUGCAACCAAAAAGUAUGAUGAUGAAUUUGAAGAUGAUGGUGUCGCUCAGUAG